AUGCUCGCGGUUCAGCGUCCCAGCAUGGGUUCAUCGAAGCCACCCAACCUGGAUAUGUCAUUUGGCUAUGCCAUCGACGCCAAUACCUCGAAUUUCCCAUUUCCUCCACCUACAGCGCCGGGCCCUUCGUUACUCGACGACAAUGAAUCCAAAUUCCUAGACAACUUCUUCGACGGCGUGAGCUCCGAUCAAUUCGACUACAAUCUCUUCACAAAUGCACCAGACGGCGCAGAUGCGGGGUUUGGAUGGGACGAGUUACCACCUACAUUCAUGGGAACAACGUCUUCAUAUGGGCAGCAAUCUGACACUGGGAAUCACGCAUUACCAGAUCUUAAUUUCAACAAUGGCAUGAGUACACAAGUGAAGGCCGAACCUUCAAUACCACACACAACGUCUGCCGAUCCGCAACACUACUACAGAAUGGAUCCAAUAGCCGGUAUUUCCACGAGACAAUAUCCAAUGAAUCAUGGGCGAGCAAGUGUAGAAGAAUACCCAUCAGAAAAUUACUUUUCUGAUAUGGUUUUCGGCAAUCAAAUCCAUCCAAUACGCCAAAGACGCACCAUACCAAAGUUUGAUCUCAAAUGGGGAUCAGAUGCCGCAUUCGGGCCAUCUCAAAGCUUCCUCUCGCCCACCGAUCCCGACGGGGCGAUAGAACGGACACAGGCCCAAACUCUAGAAGGUGCCUUUAUUCUCGACGGACCCAGCGCAGAAGCCUCACGGACGACAAGUCCACAAACGCACAGAAGUCCACAAACGAACCGAAGUCCACAAACGCACCGAAGAACCAAAUCCCUAGGCCACCCAACCGACGAUAUGGACCAAGGAUCUUCAAGGCCGAAGAAACGGAGGAAGAACAAAUUCCAAGACGACGACGAGGGUGACGAGGACGACGAGUCCCCUGCUCCCGCGCAAGGACAACUAUCUGGCAACAAGAAACGCAAACCCACCAAGAAAGGGGGUGCAGUCGAUCCCCCAACAGCAGAUAUAGAGGCUAGCAAUAAACGGAGGAAAUCUGCCGCGGCAGGAGCAGCAGCGGCGAAAGCGGCGCGGGAGAAUCUGACCGAGGACCAGAAACGCGAGAAUCAUAUUAAGAGCGAGCAGAAGCGAAGGACGCUGAUCCGAGAGGGCUUUGAGGACUUGGGGGAGCUGGUGCCUGGGCUUCGGGGUGGGGGGUUCAGUAAGAGUGCUGUCCUUAUUAUGUCGGCGGAUUGGUUGGAGGACUUGAUAGAGGGGAAUCAGGUUUUACGGGAGAGGUUGGAUCAAAUGGAAGGGCGGUCAUAG